AUGAUCCUCUAUUCAUCUGCUCGGAAAAUCCCUUUCGCAUCCAGCGCAUCUGACGUGCGAACAAAAGAUACCUUCACGCCUCUGAAACAGUCUACUGCUCCCUCCCUCCCCCCCGCACCACUAUCAGUCUUAUCUCGAACUUCCGUGAUUCAUGGCACGCAGAUACCGCGGUGGAUACGGAGGCGAUCGAGCGAGGCGAUAAGUGGCUGGCGGAAAUUCGCAGAAAAUGGCCAUUUAAGUGCGUGCAUGCACCGACACCUGGCCGUCAACAUGGCAAAAAAACAGUCCCCGGUAGGUAUCGCCACCCAGGCUGGUGUUAAGAAGAGUCAGGAAAGCAGGCGAGAGGCGUGCACCCUGAUCCAUGGUGUGCGUACGGUCAAGAACAAACAGGGACCAACGUGGCGCGACUCUCAAGCCCUACAGCCCUCCAACGUUAAGUUAGUCCAGCGCCUCGAAAGCAUUAGCUCUGAAUGUUGCCACCUGGUGGAACAAUCCGUCCUUUGA